UAGUAGAGAGCUGCCACAGCUGAUGUGGCAAGAAUCCAUUGGUCUUUGCUUCUCUCUCGGAAUAGAAUUCUGUCUCUCUAGAAACGUCCAUAAACUAAGCCGCCCCGCCGUCGGUUUUCUCAGAGCCGGCCAGCUGAGUUUCACCCGCAAGACUCGAACUUGGAACUCUUCAAUGCCAAUGCACCUUCUGAGCCGUCUAGGGUUUUCAUUCUCAGCAUUUCAUCGUUGUUGAAUCGUAAUGUGCAUUCAUUUCACUGUGCUUCAGCCCUAGUUUCUUCAAUUCGAAGCAGGUUCAGUCUAAUUGAGUCAAUGUCUGGUCCACCGCGGGAGAAAUCGGUGAACCACGCCGAGUCGGGGGUCCGACUCGUGCUCGGGCCUGCAGGGAACAAGGCGAGAUCGUUGGAGUUACGGAAGCCCGCCGAGAAGUUGAAGUCUAACAAGGUGGAGAAGUCGACGGAGAGCGACGGCAGAAAGAAGUCCUCUGUAAUUCCGCCGGCGGCGGCGGCGGAGGGGGCCGAUCAACUGUCGAAACCGCGGUUUCAGGUGGCAACGUCGAAGAAAUGUGGGAGCGUAGGUUCAGUCCUUAGGCGGCAGCAGGAGCAGAGGUCUUUUCUGAUGAGGUCGAAUUUGUCAAUGAAUGCUUCUUGCUCCUCCGACGCGUCGUCUGAGUCUUCUCAGAGCCAGGCAUCGACGGGGAACAUCAGCCUAGAUAGCAUGACCCCGAGAUCGUCUCGGAGGAGGCAAUGUGGCCCGAAAACGGCUGAGAAAGCUAGUAGUGAAGUUGAGAGCUUGUCUAUGAGUUCAGAUGAUUUCCCUCUAGUGAAGAAAAGGUGUGCCUGGGUGACAACAAAUACUGAUCCGCUAUAUGCUGCUUUUCAUGAUGAGGAAUGGGGAGUUCCUGUCCAUGAUGAUAGGAAUCUUUUCGAACUACUUAGUUUAUGCACAGCAUUAUCAGAACUUUCAUGGCCGACCAUUCUAAGUAGACGACAGGCAUUCAGAGAAGUGUUCCAAAAUUUUGAUCCUGUUGCUGUCUCAAAACUGAAUGAAAAGAAGAUAAUGGUUCCAGGAAAUCCCGCCAGCUCUCUUUUGUCAGAGUUAAAGCUGCGGGCAAUUAUUGAAAAUGCCCGCCAUGUAUGUAAGAUAAUUGAUGAGAUUGGGUCCUUCGACAAAUACAUUUGGGGUUUUGUAAACCACAGGCCUAUAGUUGGUCAGUUCCGAUACCCAAGACAAGUUCCAAUCAAGACAUCAAAAGCUGAAGCGAUAAGCAAAGACCUAGUCAGAAGAGGUUUCCGAGGAGUUGGACCCACGGUCAUUUACUCCUUCAUGCAGGUUUCUGGAAUCACAAAUGACCAUCUCAUCAGUUGCUUUAGAUUCCAGGAAUGUAUGGCGUGUGGCAAUGCAAGGAACAAAGGCGAUAGCCUCAGUGCCGCCAAGCUCAAGGUAAAACAACCUGAGGAUGACGACUCUGAACUUGGACUAGUAAGAGCUAUUGACAACUCGAGCUUAUCCACAUAGAUUUCUUUUUAAUUCCAUGCAUCGAAAUAUAUACAUACAUGAGUAAUUUCCUGCUGUCCUGCCCUUCUGUAUUAUAAUAUUCCUUGUACAAAUCACUGUGAACCUAUAAUGUUCAUUGCUUUUUACUAGAUCAUAAACCGAUUUGCGAGUUAAGAAGUCAUUGACAUACUCUUCA